CUUCCCCUCCUUCUCCUUCCCUCUCUCCCUCCCUCCUCCUCCUCCUCCUCUCUCUCGCUCCCUCUCUCUUCUUCCCCUCCUUCUCUCUCCUUCCCUCCCUCCUCCUCCUCUGGCUGUCAGCUGAAGAGCAGCAGCUUGGAGCGCGCGGCGUCCUGGGGGCUCCUCGCGGAGCUCUGGGAGGGAAGGGCUCAAAGAUGUCUAAUCCUAAAAAGAAGCAGAGGUUAGGAAUCAUCACUCCAUGAGAACCCUUGGAUUUUGGUCAAAUGCCUGGAGAGGGCCAGCUGCCUAGAGCAGGUCUCCACCACCAUAAUCUCCUGUGAUUCUCUCGUCUUCGCCUUCCAGACACACACAGCCCGGGUCCAAACUAUUUUAUCAUCACAGGCUGUGCCCCGAAUGGCUACCCAGCGGAAGCAUUUUGUGAAAGAUUUCAAUCCCUAUAUCACUUGUUGUAUCUGUAAAGGAUAUCUUAUCAAACCAACUACAGUAACUGAGUGCCUCCAUACUUUUUGUAAAAGUUGUAUUGUACAGCACUUUGAAGACAGCAAUGACUGUCCCAGAUGUGGCAAUCAAGUCCAUGAGACGAAUCCAUUAGAAAUGCUACGGCUGGAUAACACAUUAGAGGAAAUUAUAUUUAAGUUGGUUCCAGGACUUCGAGAACAGGAACUGCACCGUGAGGCUGAAUUUUGGAAGAAAAACAAACCUCUAGAAAAUGGAGAAGAAAAAAAUCAAAAAUCUGAAAAUCCCAAAGAUAAUGAAGAUGAAAAUCAAGAGGAUAAAGAUUAUCACAGGAGUGACCCACAGAUUGCCAUUUGUCUGGAUUGUUUACGUAAUAAUGGACAGAAUGGGGAUAAUGUAGUAAAAGGACUGAUGAAAAAAUUUAUCCGGUGUUCUACCCGUGUGACUGUAGGAACUAUAAAGAAGUUUCUAAGUUUAAAAUUAAAGCUUCCAAGUUCUUAUGAGCUGGAUGUACUAUGCAAUGGGGAAAUCAUGGGGAAGGAUCACACUAUGGAAUUUAUCUACAUGACAAGAUGGAGACUACGAGGAGAAAAUUUUCGGUGUCAGAACUGCUCAUCUUCACAAGUCUGCUCACAGGAUGGCUCUUUUUAUCAGUCUUAUCCCAUGGUACUCCAGUAUCGACCCAGAAUUGACUUCGGUUAAACCAAAGGGCCAGAUUCCACUGAGAUUAAUCCUGCACUAUGUUUACCCAUCGACAGAUUGCACAAUGAAUGGAUGUGCCUGGAUUUGGGGGGGUAGAGGGACAUAACCAGAAUUUCAGCAUGCAAAUAUGGACUUUUUCUUCAGCUGAUCAACUAUCUUUUCUCCCCCUAUUAGAGUAAGCCAAGUGCCAUUCUGCUACUGAAACACUCAUAAGAUAAUUGUGGCAUCAAAGACUGAAAAUUGUAGCCAAAUUGUUAAAUGUAUAGUCAAGAGUCUCAGUCUCUGAAUAUUUUCUUUGCCUGUUAGAAACCUUCACUGGUCCAUAACAUUAGUUAUGUUAGCAGAGAUAGCCAUCGGCUCUUUCACAUGUGGUGUUGCAAUUGUUGUUUUUCACUUGUAUUGUUUUACUGAAAAAAAUGUUGUUUAAAAGAAGUACUGUAUAAAAGGUUAUAACUACACCUUAAAAUAUUUUGUAUAUAAUACAUGUUUUAGAAAUGUGGUUAUUGUGCCACGACCUUUAUCUUGUUCAGUUUUUCAUAGCUCCAGGCAUAGCUCACUCAUUAGUAUGCAGCAGUGUUUUUGAGCAUCUGAAAAAUUUAGAUUUUGUGUCAGCAAAGUUAAAUACAAUCCAUUUGCAUUGAACAGAAAGGUUAUACUGUCUCAUAGCCUCUAUUCAAUUGUGCAUAUGACUUUACCUAGAGUUUUGAUUUGGAGAAGUACCAAAUGAACAGGUAAGGUUAUUUUGUCUUUUUAAAAAAAGUUUGCUACAAGUGCAAGGAAAAGCAGGAAUCAUGAACGAUUUACUAUAAACAGUGUUUCUUUCCAAUCGUUGUCUGCACAGCCUUCCCUAUUUGAAAAUCUUCAUUCUGUCUUUGGAAAAUACUGGCAAAAAUGCCAGAGAGAGUUAAGCUGAAACUGGUGGUCUUUUGGUCAAUUAAGGCCACUGGGCAUAAGUAUGCUUCUCUUAUACCAUACUAAGUAAUACACAAAAACAUACUGUAAAAUGCAGCAAUUUAAUGGCAUUGACAACCACAUACUAUGGUUAUUUGAACUCUAGCACUAUUGUAGGUCUUGUUGUCACAUCUGAAACUACAGUGUAUUUAGUAUGGUUGAUGAAACUACCUGACCAAAACUACUGACAUUUCAGUGUUUUCUUUUUCACAGAAAUUAGUAGUGUUACAAAAAUGUUGAUGGUUGCCUUAGUAUUGCAUGUGUAUUCCUUCUUGUUUGAAAAAUGUUGGUUUUUGGACAUCAUUACAGAGAUCACAAUAUACAGUUUAUCCUC